GCUCUAUUCAUUACCUAUUAUCCUGGUGUGGCAGCACGUGUUGUGCUGUUUCUCUACGAAGUGAAGGUUCUGAGGCCUGAAGGCAAUUACAUACAUUCCGGUGUCAUAGUAGCGGCUUGUUUUGUGCGUCUAUGGUGCAUUAAUGUCCUAAUGUACUACUUGCCAUCAGCUAUAAUUGAAAGAGUUUUUGCUUCGAAAUACGUCGCUGACUACGAGAGGUGUCCUAGACCGCUGAUAAACAGGGCCAUCAUUUCUAUAGUCUAUAUAUAUGCAGCGGUUAAUCCCAUCUUCGACAUGCUCGGAUAUUCCAACUUAUCAUUCAAAACGUGGGGUACGGCAGUAAUGGUUAUCGGCUAUUGCAUCGCGUAUGUGACCUUGUACCGACGCGAUCUUGUGAAAUUACGAAAUAUAAGCCAUGGUAUUCAUAGGAGAAAUGCUAUUUAUACUCUGAGCACAAAGUUCCAGCUGAAAGAAAAUCUCAGAGUUAUGAAGAUACUCAUGCAGUUAUCGAUAAUGUGGACAGCAUGCAUCCUGGUCGCGUGCCUAUCUUUCAUGCUAGCAACAUAUACGUUAGCUGGUGAUUCACAGUGGUCUGGUUAUGUGCUAGCGCAGCUCUUCUUUGCGGUGUGCUACAUUGUUAUCGUUUCGGUGUUUACGGUUGCUGUUGGAGGAGCUCGCUUACGAUCUCUUCUACCGUUCAACACGAAAAUCGGAGUGAUGCAUGGAGCCCGCGCAGUAGAAUGA